AUGGGUCGUGAAAGACAGAAAAAGAAGAACAGGUCUUCAAUCCCGAAAGCCAGGCCGAAAGACGGCAGAACCAAGGCUGGCAAGAAGAGGAUAAAUUUUCUGGGUAAUGAGACGAUUGCAAAGAAUUGGGACCGAAAACUGACUUUGUCGCAAAAUUAUAAGCGACUGGGGUUGUCCUCCAGACUGAAUGCUGCGACAGGCGGGACAGAAAAGAAGGCAGCCAAGGACAAAAUGGACAUAGCAGGUGUGAAAAGAGACUCGCUGGCCAUCGCCGGGCCACUAGCCGCCGAUAUAACCCCUCAAGAAGUCCAAGUCGAGCGAGACCCGGAGACAGGUCGCAUUCUCAGGGUUAUUCGACCAGAGACAGGCGAGGCGAACCAAAAUCCACUUAAUGACCCUUUGAACGAUAUUAUGGACCUUGAGAGUCAACAGCUGAGGUCGCAGCCUGCAAAUGGCAUCGUGGCAGAGUUGGAAGCACAGGCUGCAGAAGAGGAAGAGCUGCUGGCAAAGAAGAAGCGACCACGACAGCAAAGCCAGCGAGAAGAAGAAUGGAUCGCUAAACUAGUAGAGAAGCAUGGCGACGAUAUCAAAGCCAUGGCAAAAGACCUAAAGCUCAAUCCGAUGCAACAGACAGAAGGCGACAUUGCUCGCAGAAUCAAGAAGUGGAAGGCAAACCAUGGAGAGGUCACGACAUGA